UUACAGCAGUCAUCAAGGCAAGUGUGCCUUUCUUCUUUGUAGAAUCAUGUUGUUCUCUCAUUCUUCAUUCUUUUGUUCCAUUUUGCCUCUUUUUCUUGUGAUCCUAUUAUCCAUUGCUAGAGUUGAUGUAGUCUCAACUGUUCCAACUAAAAUCGGCCAAGGCUAUAGUUUGAUUUCUGUAGAAGAGUCCCCUGAUGGAGGUAUAGUAGGCCUGCUCCAAGUUAAGCAGAAAAACAAUGUCUAUGGACCUGAUAUUCCUUAUCUGCAGCUCUAUGUAAAGCAUGAAACAGAUAACCGUUUGAGGGUUCACAUAACUGAUGCACAAAAAGAAAGAUGGGAAGUUCCAUACGAUUUGAUACCAAGAGAAAAGCCAGCAGCACUGAAGAAAGCCAUAGCUUGGUCAAGAAAGAACCAGAAUUCAGUCCUUAUGGCAUCAUCAGAAUAUGAAAGCAAUGAGCUCAUAUUCGCCUUUACUACUGACCCUUUUAGUUUUGCUGUCAAAAGAAAAUCAGAUGGUCAGACCCUUUUCAAUUCUAGCUCUGAUGAAUCAGACCCUUAUAGUCCAUUGGUCUUUAAAGAUCAGUAUCUUGAGAUUUCAACCAAACUGCCACUAGAUGCUUCGUUGUAUGGUUUGGGGGAGAAUACGCAGCCCCGUGGAAUCAAACUGUAUCCUGGUGAUCCUUACACCCUGUUCACCACUGAUGUAGCAGCCAUUAAUCUCAACACUGAUUUAUAUGGGUCCCACCCGGUGUACAUGGACCUGAGGAAUGUGAAUAGGGAGGCUUUUGCCCAUGCUGUUCUACUGUUGAAUAGUAAUGGGAUGGAUGUUUUCUACGCGGGGACUUCUCUGACAUACAAGGUCAUUGGGGGCGUUCUGGACUUUUACUUCUUCUCUGGUCCUACUCCUUUGGAUGUUGUUGAUCAGUACACUUCCUUCAUUGGUCGCCCUGCUCCAAUGCCCUACUGGGCUUUUGGUUUCCAUCAAUGCAGAUGGGGUUACCAUAACCUAUCAGUUGUUGAAGAUGUUGUUGAGAACUACCAGAAGGCCAAAAUUCCACUUGAUGUGAUCUGGAAUGAUGAUGAUCACAUGGAUGGACACAAGGAUUUCACUCUCAACCCUGUAAAUUAUCCUCGUCCAAAGCUACUGGCGUUCUUGGAGAAAAUUCAUGCCAGGGGCAUGAAGUACGUUGUGAUCAUAGAUCCUGGAAUUGGAGUAAACAACAGCUAUGGUGUCUACCAAAGAGGUCUAGCUAAGGAUGUCUUCAUCAAGUACCAGGGGAAGCCUUUCCUAGGCCAAGUCUGGCCUGGAGCUGUUAACUUCCCUGACUACCUGAACCCCAAGACGGUUGAUUGGUGGAUUGAUGAAAUUCGUCGAUUCCAUGAACUUGUUCCCGUUGAUGGCCUCUGGAUUGACAUGAAUGAAGUUUCCAAUUUCUGUAAUGGUCUCUGUACAAUUCCGAAGGACAAGCAAUGUCCCUCUGGAACUGGACCAGGUUGGAUAUGCUGCCUAGACUGCAAGAACCUUACGCUGACAAAUUGGGAUGAUCCACCUUACAAAAUAAAUGCUUCUGGAAUAAAAGCAUUACCAGGAUACAAAACAAUAGCCAUGAGCGCAGUGCAUUAUAAAGGCAUAUUGGAGUAUAAUGCACACAGCUUGUAUGGUUUUACAGAAACAAUUGCAACUCACACUGGUCUGCAAGGGCUUGAGGGAAAGCGCCCAUUUAUCUUGUCCCGCUCCACAUAUGUCGGUUCAGGCCAUUAUGCUGCACAUUGGACAGGGGAUAACAAGGGAACUUGGGAAGAUCUGAGAUAUUCAAUUUCAACAGUGCUAAAUUUCGGUUUAUUUGGUGUUCCAAUGGUAGGCUCAGAUAUAUGUGGAUUUUAUCCAGCUCCGACAGAAGAGCUUUGCAAUCGUUGGAUCGAAGUAGGUGCUUUCUACCCCUUCUCAAGGGAUCAUGCAAACUUCGCUUCUCCUAGGCAGGAGCUUUAUCAGUGGGAUUCGGUAGCUAAAUCAGCUAGAAAUGCUCUUGGUAUGAGAUAUAAGCUGCUUCCCCACCUUUAUACACUGAGCUAUGAAGCUCACAUCAAUGGAGCUCCAAUUGCUCGACCACUGUUCUUCUCCUUUCCAACAAUCACUGAACUUUAUGGAUUGAGCACACAAUUCUUGGUAGGAAGCAGCAUCAUGGUUUCUCCAGUGCUAGAGCCUAAUAAAACCGAGGUCAAAAUUCUCUUUCCCCCGGGGACUUGGUACAGCUUGUUCGAUAUGACACAGGUCAUUGUGUCCGAAAAACCUCACAACCGUACAUUGGAUGCUCCUUUGAAUGUUAUCAAUGUGCAUUUGUACCAGAAUGCCAUAAUACCAAUGCAGCAGGGUGGAUUGAUAUCUAAAGAAGCAAGGAUGACUCCUUUUUCCCUUGUCGUGGCAUUUCCGGCAGGGGCAACCACAGGAGAAGCAAAAGGGAAACUGUUCCUUGAUGAUGAUGAGCUGCCAGAGAUGAAACUUGGCAAUGGAUACUCAACAUACAUUGAAUUCUAUGCAACAACCGGAAAUGCAACAGUAAAGGUAUGGUCAGAUGUUCAAGAGGGCAAGUUUGCAUUGGAUAAAGGUUGGAUCAUUGAAAAAAUUACACUGCUAGGAAUGGAUACAAUUCAAGGCAAAUCAUUUGCAAUUGAAGUGGAUGGAAAUCCCAUUUCUGAUCUCUCCAAAAUUGAAUUUAGUGAGACGAUGCAAAAUUAUCCUAUGAAGUUGGGAGAAGAGGGAGACAAGAGGACUAGUGUGGUGGUUGAGGUUAAAGGAUUGGAAUUGCCUCUUGGUAAGAAGUUCACUGUGUCCUGGCAAAUGGGAAUUAUAAGCUGAGGAAUAUAAUCUCCUCCAUUCUUGUCAUGCUGUCCACCAUUUUUUUCCUUCCUUUUUAAUUGUUGUGUUAGGCAAAAAUUCGCUCAAAUUCCUGAAGAUUUUAUAAUUUAUUUUAAUAAGAAGUUGGUUGGAGAGGAGAUGGCCUUUAAGUUGUGCUCAUCCUUCUCCAUUCAGAUAAAUUCAAGCGAAUUAAUUUGCGUGUAGAUUGUC